AUGAUACCGGCUGUUAACGGAAGUCUUCCCGGACCGACCAUAAACAUUAGAGAGGGAGACACUCUUGUGGUUAAUGUCAUCAACAACUCAACUUACAAUAUAACCAUCCACUGGCAUGGGGUAUUUCAGAUGAAGAGCUCAUGGAUGGAUGGUGCAAAUAUGAUAACUCAGUGUCCGAUUCAACCAAGUAAUAACUUCAAGUACCGAUUCGAUAUUACCGGACAAGAAGGUACGUUACUAUGGCACGCACACGUCGUUAAUCUGCGAGCCACUGUUCAUGGAGCUUUGAUCAUCCGUCCCCGAUCCGGAAGUCUUUACCCUUUUCCUAAACCCUACAAGGAAGUUCCUCUCAUUUUUUCACAAUGGUGGGACGUAGAUCUUAGACUUCUCAAUUUACGGCCAGCUCCUGUUUCCGAUGCUUACCUCAUCAAUGGCCUAGCUGGAGAUUCAUAUCCUUGCUCCAAGAACAGGAUGUUUAACCUCAAGGUAGUACAAGGAAAAACAUACUUGCUAAGGAUUAUAAACGCGGCCCUCAACACUCACCUCUUCUUCAAAAUAGCUAAUCACAACGUGACAGUUGUCGCUAUAGAUGCUGUCUACACAACGCCUUACGUUAGCGAUGUGAUGAUCUUGACGCCGGGACAAACCGUCGACGCACUUCUCACCGCCGACCAGCUUAUCGGGAGGUACUACAUGUCCAUCAGCCCUUAUAUUAGUGCCAGCAAUAUCGUACCUGUCCCCGGCAACAACACCAACAUCAGAGGCUUAAUUACAUACGUGGGUUCCACGUCAUCAGCCUCCCCAGCUACGUCGUUGAUGCCUGGAGUGGAUGCAGUAUCCACAGCUCAUAGGUUUUCCUCGAACAUCACUAGCCUCGUGGGUGGACCCCACUGGACGCCAGUGCCUCGCCACGUGGACGAGAAAAUGUUCAUGACGAUGGGGCUUGGCUUAGACCCAUGUCCUCCGGGAACUAAGUGUAUUGGACCGUUAGGUCAAAGGUACGCUGGUUCUCUCAACAACCGUACGUUUGUAAUGCCGGCAACAAUCUCUUUGCAAGAAGCUUAUUACUACAAUAUAAGUGGAGUUUACACGGACGAUUUUCCCGAAAACCCGCCGCUAAAGUUUGACUAUGCAAAUUUUGAAACACGUACUGAUUAUGAAUACAAGAUGAUGUUUCCGGAGAGGAAGACUAGCGUCAAGAAACUUAGGUUUAAUUCUACAGUCGAGAUUGUUGUGCAGAACACUGGGGUAAUCACCGCCGAGAGCCACCCAAUGCACCUUCACGGCUUCAACUUCUAUGUUUUGGGUUAUGGAUUCGGUAACUAUGAUCCGAUCUUGGAUGCAAGAAAUCUAAAUCUUGCUAACCCGCAAAUGCGAAACACCGUUGGUGUACCACCCGGUGGAUGGAUUGUCAUCAGAUUUAUCGCUAACAAUCCUGGUACAUGGAUGUUCCAUUGUCACAUGGAUGCACAUUUACCGUAUGGAAUUAUUAUGGGUUUCAUAGUUCAAAAUGGGCCAACUAAGGAAACGAUCUUGCUACCUCCACCUUCAAAUCUUCCACAGUGUAUGCGGAAUCCAACGAUCUAUGAAUCUCCGACGACUAACGUUGAUUUGUCUUGCUAG